AUGCCAUCACGCGCAGUUUAUCAAAUCACUAAUAGAAAGGAGGGUAAAUCAGCUGAACGUGACCAAUCUUAUAGGAGUUGUGUCCUCACAUUAUUAAUAUUUUUCUUUAUCUGCGUCAUCCUUAUUCUCGCGACUUUACCGUGGAGAAGGAAUCACAGUUAUUCUGAUUACGAAGAUGAAAAAGUAGGAUCUAUGGAGGGUCAUCAUCGUCAAUAUGAUUACCGCACAAGGGAAACGACAAGCACAACGGAAUCGAAUAGAAUUUAUUCGAAUAAUUUUACGUUACCAAAUAAAACGACCGAACUGGAAACAACAACUUCAGAACUCGAGCUAUCGACGCAAGACCCCAUCGUGAUGAACGUUACAAAUCAGACCAAUAACUCGUCUGUAUUUGAAAGACCUAUGAAUGCAGAUACUACUACGGAACAAGAGGCAUCAACAUCCUCAAUAACUACAACCGAAUUAGUACAUAACAGUCUAUUGCACGAGGAUUCGUCAACGGUCGACAUAAAUUCUUUACUCGAGAAUUCGACUUUUUCUACAACAACCGAUCCCUCGAGUUUCGCUACAGAAGACCGUGUCAAGAACGAUAUCACAGGAUCUGAAAACUCUACUACACAGAUCUUCACUUCCACGGAUUUCAUUUCCGAAACGACUGCUUUCGUCGAAUCUGAAACUACCACGAACAGUAUUAUCGAAUCUACAACCAGAAACGAAGAAAGCACUACAAUGGAAACGACAACCAGAAGCGAAGAAGAUACUACAAUUAAAACGACAACAAGAAAUGAAGAAAGUACUACAAUUGAAAUGACAGCUAGAAGCGAAGAAAAUACUACAAUUGAAACUACAACUACCAGUCUUCAAAGUACAACCACCGAUUUUACGUCAAACACAGUGGAAAACAGUACAACAAGAAGUCCUUUGACCACGACUUCCGGCUACGAGAACGAGAAAGUAGUCUGCACAACAGGCGAAUGCAAAAACGUGGCUAGCAAAAUGUUAUUUUAUAUGAAUCACACAGUGGAUCCGUGCGAUGAUUUUUACGAGUACGCCUGCGGCGGUUUCGAGGCGAAUCAACAGACCGUAGAUCUGGAUUUGGAAAAUGCGGCUUACGAGCGUAUACUGCAACAAACGCAAGCACGGAUCCACAAAGGUGAUACAUCCCCGUUCAUCAGCUACUACCUCAGCUGCGUGCAAUACGAGAACGUGAUCUUGUCAGAAAGGAUACGGCUGGCGAGAAAAGCAUUAAAUAAUGUUGGAAGGUUUUACACUACCGACAAUUUCGAUAGAGAUCGCGUGAACUUCACGGAGCUGGUUGCUAAACUAUUGUUACAUAAUAGCGCUUUGUUAUUCGACGUGUCUCCGGCUCUGAACGAGUAUGUACCGAAACAGUUCACCCUUAAGAUAGGUCCUACCACGUACAGAGAUCCAUUUGAGACAGAGGAGACGGACGAUGCUUGUUACGCGAGUCGAAAUAAGAUUGACCAAGAGAAGGUGGAUCUGACGGCACUGUACAAAGAGUACAAAACGUGCAAAAACAACACCAAGGAGUUUAUAAAUUCCGUUACGGAAGCCUUGACGGUACUUGGAGUUUUCAACGAGUUGGGCAAUCCGUAUAACAUCUCCCAGUAUGUACAGACGACGGCCAUCAACAUCGAUUUGGAAAUCGUGCAGAAAUUUUUCGCCAAAUAUCCAUCCAAGGAUAAAAUUCGCGAGGCGUACGUUAUGAAAGAGUACAGUCACGUUACGAUACGGGAUCUGCAGACGAAAUUGAAUUUUAUUAAUUGGACGAAACUAAUUUACAUGUUAACGAAGAAGAACGUUCUAAUAGAUGCAACUGUGCAAGUUUACUUUUACAAUGACCUGUACAAAGGGUUGCAGAAUCUUCAGGAGUUCGAAGCCAGAGACCCGAUGCAAUUCAAUAACGCCUUAUUAGGGCUGUACGCGCAACAAAUUUACCAGCAGAUGGUUUUACGUAAACAUGGCGAUCCUAAGAAAUACUGUCUUCGUGUGGCCACCAAUCUUUUAGCUUCGGAAGCAUCGGAUUUAUAUCUCUCCUCUUUCUCGAGCGACGAACUCCUAUACAUGAAUACUACCAUACACACUUUGUUCGAGGAACUGAAAGAAACGUUAAAACUAAAAAUAAAACGGGCAGAAUGGAUCCCAGAAGAAGGACGUGAAAAGUUAUACGGUAAAAUCGAUGACAUGGAAGUCGUCACGCCCGAUAUUUCAUAUUACGCUCCCAUCGGCUCGAUUUACAAGCUAAUGAAAGAGGACCAGGUACAUCUAUCGGACAAUUACUUUGAGAAUUCUAUCAUAUUAAUGCUAAGGUUGCGGAGUCGGAUAUACGAACAAUUAUUUAGGAAUCCGGGUGAUCCUGAACAAAUUUGGACGCAUUACGCAAUGCCGUUUCAAUCUAAAGGGCUUGCGAUUUACGGAUUAGAUCUCGUUGUGAUACCGUUCGGUGCGAUCGACUGGUCCACGAAGUAUGAUGCACGGUUGUACGAUUACAGAAAGUUUGCGACGCUUGGCAACACGAUAGCACAUCAAAUUGCUCAUCAUUUCGACCACCGUGGUAUCUAUUAUAAAUCUGGAGUUAUAAACAACGUAUCUAUUUUACACGACAACAGCGACGCGGAUACGAUUUUCCAUGAUUACGUAGAGUGUCAAAGAUACGAUAUUUACGGACAUUCUUUGAUGAUGACGUUACCAUCUACGGGACAAACUGUGUAUUACAAGAUUUCGUCAUUGUCGCUGAACGUACGAUUAUCCGAGACGAUGGGACUCGUAUUAGCCUAUGAUACUUUGGAUCGAUUGAGAUCUCGUAAGGAAGUUCAUCUUCCAUGGCUUAAUCUUGAUUCGGAUCAGUUAUUCUAUCUCACCUAUGCUCAGAUGCACUGCACGAAGUCACCACUUACGACGUCGUAUGUGUCACUGUACGAGGACGAGCAGUUACCGAGUCGCAUUCGCAUCUUUUUGUCAGCGUCUAACAAUAGACUCUUGGGCGAAGCUUGGAAUUGCCCGAAGGGUUCGGAGAUAAGUCCAAGUUACUCUUGCGGUGUAUUUCCUUUUCUUCAGUUUGACGAUGUAACCAGUGGAUUUACUAUAUAAAUUGUAUAGCGACUAAUUAUUAUUUUUCUUUA